CCCCGGCCGCCGGCUCGGUUCGUCCCUCUCCAGCAGACUGGAUGACGACCAGCGCCGCUAUUCUACCGCAACAGGUAACUGAGGAGAAAACGUCAUAACGCCUCAACAGAAAAUAAGAGAAAACACGCCGGGCAGUUGUCGCCGUGGAUGCUUUUUGCUUUAUCGCCGCAAAUUUAAAUUUUUUAUUUUUCCAAGAUGUCUGAGAGCUAGCCAGCUGAGUAAGAGGACUUCCCUCUCUGCCCGUGCUGUCCACCUGCAGCCAUGAACGGUGGAGCCAGUUUGUGGGCCAUUACUCCAGAGGAGAGGGGGAAACAUGACAAACAGUUUGACUCCCUUGCCCCCGUCCUCGGCUACGUCUCAGGAGAACAAGCAAGGAAGUUCUUCCUGCAGUCCGGCCUUCCUGCUUCUGUCCUGGCUGAGAUUUGGAACCUGGCUGACAUGGACAGUGAUGGGAAGAUGGACAGGCUGGAGUUUUCUAUCGCGAUGAAGCUCAUUAAACUGAAGCUUCAGGGGCGUAACUUACCCUCUGUCUUGCCUGUCGUCAUGAAGCAGCCUCCUAUGUCCAACUGUGGUUCAGCCAUCCCGACAUCAGCACGUUUUGGAAUGGGUUCAAUGCCAAACCUGUCAAUUGGUUUUUCAUCUAUGUCUGCUGUGUCAGUCGUGCCCAUCCUAACACCCAUCCCAGUUAACCCCACCAUGUCGUCUGUGCAACCCCUGAUGUCAGCGCCAAUGACUCUGCCCCUCAUCACCUCGCUCGGGAACUCUGGGCUCCCCAACGGCAACAUCAACCUCCUCACCCCGCCGCUAGUUCCCAACAAUGCAGCGCUCCCUCUCUCCGGCUUCUCCUCUCCCAUGACGUUCUCCCCAUCCACCGGCAUGUCGAAAGCCAACUCUUUACUGGACCUGGGAUCGAGCAGUUCAAAUUCCUCCUCCACCACGUCGCUGGCCAGCAACUCCCCGAAGAUGGGUGCGAGCGACUGGGCCGUACCACAGGCCGCAAGACUCAAGUACCGUCAGCAAUUCAACACGCUAGACAAGCUCAUGAGUGGCUACUUGUCCGGACCUCAAGUCAGGAAUGCACUGAUGGCAUCGAAUCUGACUCAGACUCAGCUAGCUACCAUCUGGACUCUGGCAGAUGUGGAUAAGGACGGUCAGCUGCGAGCCGAGGAGUUCAUUCUGGCCAUGCACCUGGUGGACAUGGCUAAAACCGGUCGCCCUCUACCUCUAUCACUGCCUCAAGACCUGGUACCUCCGUCUCUCAGAGGAGGGAUUAAGCCCAGUGAGCUCGUUAAUGGGACGGGGCCCUACAUAACUCCCUGUUUAAUAGAUACGACGGAGACAGAACCCGCACAGAAGAACAAGAGCGGCGUGUCCUUUGAGGACAAGCUGAAGGAGAACUUCGUACGAGGCAGCGCUGAGCUGGAGAAGCGACGGCUGGCCCUGGAGGAAGAACAGAGGAAAGAAAGGGAGAGGAGAGAGAAGGAGGAGAGGGACGCUCAGGAACGGAGGGAGAGGGAAGCCCGGGAGCUGGAGAACCGGAGGAGGCUCGAGGAGGAGAGGCGGCUGGAGAGGCAGAGGGAGAUGGAGAGACAAAGGGAGGAGGAGAGACUGAGAGAGUUGGAGAGGAAAGAGGCUGCAAAGCAGGAGAUGGAGCGCCAGCGGAGGGAGGAGUGGGAGCGCGGGAAGAAAGAGGAGCUGGGCAAGAAGAAAGAGGGGGAGCAAGAAGAGAUCUCUCGACUGAGAGCAAAAAAGAAGAGCCUGGAGCUGGAGCUACAGGCCGUGGGCAACAAGCACAAGCAGAUCUCAGACCGACUCCGUGACGCUCAGAGCAAGAGGCGGAUUCAGAAGGCAGAGGUGGACCUCAUCAAUCAGAAGAGAGACACACGCAUUGCUGAGAUUAACACACUGCAGCUUGAGUUUGAGGACUGGCAGAGGAAGCUCUCACAGCUUGUUCCAGAACAACAGAGGCUGAGUGAGAAGCUCCGCAGCAUGAGCCUCAACAAAUUCUCCUCGGUGACUUUGAGCUCCAUGACCGGGAGCGUGGCAGAGAAGGGCGUGACCUGCCGGAGGCUGAAGGACCAGCUGGAUAUUCUGGAAAAAGAGACAACAGACAAACUUUCUCAGAUGGAGCAGUACAACAAGGAGCUCACGCUUGGGGACAUGGACGACUGUGUCCUGCGAGGCCUUCUGUCUCUGCUGGCCUGCCUCAGCCAGCUCUUCCUCCUCAUCAAGGAGCUGAGGGAGAAGCAGGUGAGGCAGCAGGCUGUCCUGGACGACCUGCACAGAGUCAAAGAGGAGAAACUGAGGGAGCUGCAGAGACGACAAGAUGAGGAGAGAGAACGGAGGAAGAGGGAGGAAGAGGAGGCGGCCAGACGAGCAAAGCUGGAGCAGGAGAGGAGAGAGCAGGAGCGGCGGGAGCAGGAGAAGAGGGAGAGGGAGGAAGAGGAGGCGCGGCAAAGGAGGCUCCUGGAGGAGCAGAGGGCCAGACUGAGGGAGGAGGAGGAAAAGGAGGCACAGGCUCGCCUCCGAGCGGCCCAGGAGAAGGCUCAGGAAGAGGAGAGGAGGAGGAGGGAGGAAGAGGAGGAGAAGGAGAAGAAGAAGAGGGAGGCAGAAGAGGAGAGGAAACGGAAAAUAGUGGAGGAGGAGAAGAGAAGGAAAGAAGAGCAGGAAAGAGGAGGACAGCAGCCGGUACCCAAGCUAACUCCUUACAGAGCCCUGUACUCCUUCACUGCCCGCAAUGCUGAUGAGCUGAGUAUAGACGCAGACUGUCUUAUAGAGGUGGAUGAGCACACCGUCGGCGAGCCUGGCUGGUUGUGCGGGAGUUACCGCGGAAACAGGGGCUGGUUCCCCCAGAGUUACGCAGAGAAAUGUCCUACCCCCUUCACCGGUGAGACGGCCCCUUCUUCACCUGGGAAAAUGUCCUGUGUGCCACCACCUCUAAACGCAAGAGUCCCUGUGGUAGAAGAAACAGAUGAUAACGCUGUUCCUGCCCAAUCAGAGGCUCCACAGUCUUCGGCUGCUCUGCUGGCUCGAGCCGUGUCUUCGUGGUCAGCCACGUCCGACGCUCACCUCAGCCUUUCCUCCGGAGCGGGUGACGCCAUCACGUCGCUGCUGAGCUUCUCGCAGGGCGACGUCAUCAGUGUGCUGCAGCAGAGGGACGACUGGUGGCUGGGACAGCUCAACGGGACGCAGGGGUGGUUCCCCAAAAGUUAUGUCGCUUUGGAGACGGGAGGCAGUACAGAUGUGGAUGCAUUUGACACAUCAGACUCUGUUCAGCUAGAGGAGUAUGUGGCCUUGUACACAUAUGAGAGCCCAGAGGCUGGCGACCUGACGUUUGUUGAGGGCGAUGUUGUCAUUUUAACGGAGAGAGAGGGGGAGUGGUGGCGAGGAUGCAUCGGGGACAAGACAGGAGUGUUCCCCUCCAACUAUGUCCGGCCUGUUGAGCCAGAGGUGUCAAGACCUGGAGUUUCAAACAAGAAACCUGAGAUUGCCCAAGUUGUCACCACCACUGUGGCACCCACGAUAUAUCAGCUGCAUCUGUCUCCAGGCCAGCUGAUCGUGAUCCUGGCCAAGAACUCCACCGGCUGGUGGCUCGGUGAACUGCAGGCGCGGGGCAAGAAGCGGCAGAGAGGCUGGUUUCAUUCCUCUCACGUCAAGCUCCUGGGUCCCUCCAGCACCAAGUCCUCUCCCUCCCCUCUGCCAGUGUGCCAAGUUAUCGCGAUGUACAACUACACCGCUGCCAAUCAGGACGAGCUGAGCUUCUCCAAGGGUCAGCUGAUCAGCAUCUUAGACAAGACCAACCCUGACUGGUGGAAAGGAGAAGCCAACGGGGUCACGGGCCUGCUGCCCACCAAUUACGUCAAGAUGACAACAGAGUCAGACCCCAGCCAGCAAUGUACGGUAGAUUCCAUGUCAGAGCAUGGAGGCGCUGACGGGUGCGCCGACCUGAUGACGCUGGACACGAUGACCCCCCAGGAGAGGAAGAGACAGGGUUACAUUCAUGAGCUCAUCCAGACCGAGGAGACGUACCUGGAGGAUCUGGAGCUGGUGCUGGAUGUCUUCCACAAGCCCAUGUCUGAGUCGGGCCGUUUGACAGAAGCAGAGAUGGCGGUCAUCUUUGUCAACUGGAGAGAGCUGAUUAUGUGCAACACCAAACUCCUCAAGGCGCUGCGUGUCCGUAAAAAGAUGGGAGGAGAGAACAUGCCCGUUCAGCUCAUAGGUGACCUGUUGGCUUCGGAGCUGGCGCACAUGCAGCCCUACAUCCGCUUCUGCUCCUGCCAGCUCAACGCUGCCGCGCUGCUGCAGAGCAAAACCCACAACCAGCCCGACUUUAAAGACUUCCUCAAGAAGAUAGCCACCAACUACCGCUGUAAAGGAAUGCCGCUGUCCAGCUUCCUGCUGAAGCCCAUGCAGAGGAUCACACGCUACCCUCUCCUCAUUAAGAACAUCUUGGAGCACACCCCGGAUGAGCACGCAGACCGCGGCCCUCUGAGAGAAGCUUUGGAGCGAGCCGAGGAGCUGUGUUCUCAGGUCAACGAGGGGGUCAGGGAGAAGGAGAACUCAGACCGGCUCGAGUGGAUACAGAGCCACGUCCAGUGCGAGGGGCCUAUAGAGCACUUGGUCUUCAACUCGCUGACUAAUUGCCUCGGGCCUCGCAAGCUGCUCCACAGCGGCCGACUGUACAAAACCAAAAGCAGCAGAGAGCUGUGGGCUUUCCUCUUCAGCGACUUCCUCCUCCUCACACACAGUGCCAAACCCUUCUCCUCCUCAGGAGUCGACAAGCUAUUCAGCCCCAAGACCAGCAUACAGCUCAAGAUGUACAAAACGCCGCUGUUUCUGAAUGAGGUUCUGGUGAAAAUGCCGCCCGACCCAUCCAGCGAUGAGCCGCUCUUCCACGUCUCGCACAUCGAUCGAGUCUACACGCUCAGAACAGAAACUCUGAAUGAGAGGACAGCGUGGGUCCAAAAAAUCAAAGCGGCAUCUGAACAUUUCAUAGAGACAGAGAAGAAAAAGAGAGAGAAGGCUUACCAAGCUCGUUCUUUAAAGACCAGUGGAAUUGGCCGACUGCUGGUAACUGUCAUUGAAGCCCAGGAGCUCAAGGCCUGCAAGCCCAAUGGCAAGAGUAAUCCAUACUGUGAGCUAACAAUGGGAGCUCAGUGCUACACUUCCCGGCCGAUCAGCGACACCCUCAGCCCCAAGUGGAACUUCAACUGCCAGUUUUUUAUCAAAGACCUCUACCAGGACGUCCUGUGCAUCACUGUGUUUGAGAAAGACCAGUUUUCACCAGAUGAUUUUCUGGGUCGCACUGAGGUUCCCGUGGCAACCAUAAAGAAAGAGAUGGAGAGCAAAGGAGCAGCAAAUCGUCGGCUGCUAUUACAUGAAGUCCCUACUGGAGAAGUUUGGGUCAAACUCGACCUACAGCUUUAUGAGCCGACCAAAUGAAGGAAACACACACACACACACACACACACACACACACACACCACUUCAUUUUAUAUUAAAGGAGAACAUUAACACACCUUAAGUGCCCAUUAAUACCAUUGCACAUUAUGCCACAAAUAGUCUGGAUUUUACACUCACUGCCCUCAGUCUGCCAUGAAUCAUCCAGACACUUCUGUAGUGACCUCAAACCAAAUGAAUGUGAACAUAACUGACUAUAUUUUCUUAUUAUCCACAUGUAAACACUAUCUGACAAACUAAUAAUGGAGUAUGCAGACGCACAUCACACGCCCAGGAAAUCCUACAGCUAAACAGUCACACACUGCCUCACAGAGCUAUUGCACACUGUAUAAUGUAAUUAAAGUGCAACCCUAUGUUGUAAUCAUGGGGGUUCAUGUUCAACAUGCUAUGAAAUCCUGAAAAUAGCACCAAUAAAAUGUAUAGACGGUCAUUACA